AUGGAGAGACCGGUGAAGCUACUGCUCUUUUCCGAGCUGCGCGUCCGCAACGUCUGCUACGAGGUCAGCCUGUGCAGGUCACUGCUUACCUGGAAGAGGCGAACCGCCAGCCCGGUGUAUCAUCCGUUUAGACCCAAGGUCUACUGCUUACCCGGUAUUACAAGGCAUAGUGAUAAGUGUGUGUGUCAAAGUGUGUGUGUGUCAGAGAUAAUCAGCGUGCAAGAACAGGAAGAGGAGGAGAACAGCAGAGAAAAUGGCAGCUGGAAGAAGAUCGGAGAGAGACGGAAUAAAAAUGGCAGCUAUUCUUUCACAGUGUCGUACGUGGAGAGGUGUCGGCAACACCGCUGGCGGUGCGCUGACGUAACCUUCACGUGUCCGCAGGCGGGGUUGUGCCGACACUGGGUGAGCACCAUCAAAGAGCAGCUGGCAGCCAUUAGUUGCAGACCCACACAGCUUCUGGUGUACAUCAAUCCGUAUGGCGGCAAGCGCCAGGCUAAGCGCAUUUACCAACAGAAGGUGGCGCCGCUAUUUGCCCUGGCUGGCAUUGGCACACACGUCAUGGUGACAGAGUAUGCCAACCACGCUCGGGACCACCUGAGGGAGGAGGCGGAGCUCAACAAGUUCGACGGCGUGGUGUGCGUGGGCGGCGACGGCAUGUUCAGCGAGAUGGUGCACGGCUUGGUGUGGCGGAUGCAAAAAGAUGCCGGCGUGGACGUCAACGCUCCCGAGCAAACACUCGUCGCCUGCUCGCUGCGGAUCGGAAUCAUACCGGCAGGUUCCACAGACUGUAUCUGCUUCGCAACAGUGGGCACCAAUGACCCCGUGACGUCUGCCCUGCACAUCAUCGUGGGCGACAGCCAGCCGAUGGACGUAUGCUCGGUCCACCACGACGACAGCUUCCUGCGCUACUCUGUGUCACUGCUGGGGUACGGCUUCUAUGGCGACGUGUUGACGGACAGCGAACGGAAGCGGUGGAUGGGCCCUGCCAGAUACGACCUGGCCGGUCUCAAGAUGUUCCUGACGCACCAUCACUACGAAGGCACCGUGUCCUACCUGCCGGCCAGUAGCAGUGUCGGAGCGCCCAGGGACACGUCCAGGUGUCGAUCCGGUUGUUCGGUUUGCCAGGACAACCAGAAACUUUUGUUGGAGAGAGCCAACAUCUACCGAGUGGACUCCGACGUCGAUAGCGACAAUGACACCAACGACGCUGACGGCUGGCGGACGAUCCGCGGGAAGUUUCUGGCCAUCAACGCGGCCAGCAUGAGUUGCGCGUGCCCCCGCAGUCCCAAAGGCCUGUCACCUGCCGCCCACCUUGCCGACGGCACCGCCGAUCUCAUCCUGGUGCGCAAGUGCUCCCGUUUCAAUUUUCUCCGACACCUCCUGCGUCACACCAGCAAGGAUGACCAGUUCGACCUGUCCUUCGUAGAGGUGCACCGUGUGCGGCGCUUUCGAUUCACGCCCCGACACUGCCGCAGCGACUCAGAGCUGGAACUGGACCCGCCGGACGGGAAGCACCAGAUAUUCGGCAAAAUCUGUCGCGACCAUCCGGCCUGCGGCUGCGCGCCCGCCUUCAGCAGCUGGAACUGCGACGGCGAGAUCCUACAGCACACCGCCAUCGACGUCAGAGUGCAUUGCCAGCUGAUCAAGCUGUUUGCCCGUGGUAUCGAGGAGGCACCCAUGUUCGACGAGCUGACUCCUCCCCGCUCCAUGUAG